GUAUGUGUUGUAUUUUGUUAUUCCAUUUAAAUACCAGUCGGGAUCGGAUUUUUCUGACAGCGGUCAAGGACGUUUUCAGGUGGAAGGAAAAGAGGGAAGCUAACACUGAACUUUAGGCUAUUUAGAACAAUAUUAUUCAUUCCAAGAACAUGGCCCAGACUGCCAUCAAAAGACAAAUGUUUCAAAGUGACAGUGAUUACUCUAAAAAAAUGAAAAAUGGGGUUUCCAAUGGGAACACUACCCAUCAUCCCUUGGAGCGAUUAAAGGUGAUCGCCCAGGAACAGGGGCUGGACCUAACGGACAGAAGGUUUGCCGAGUACAUGGACAGCAUUGACCCUAUUAGACACCUGCGGGAGGAUUUCUGUUACCCCAAGAUGAAAGAUCUCCCCAAAACUGACCUGCGACUGGUAGACCCAGAGGAGGACUGUGUGUAUUUCUGUGGGAACUCGCUGGGGCUGUGUCCAAAGAAGUUCAAGGAGUAUAUGCUUGUGGAGGUCAACAAAUGGGAAAAAACAGGAGUGGAAGGCCACACCUCUGGGGACUUGCCUUGGGCGUGGUUUGAUGAGGAUUUCUGUGAGGAUAUGGGGAAGAUUGUAGGUGCAAAGAAAGAAGAAGUAGCAGUCAUGAAUGGGUUGACUGUCAAUCUCCAUUUACAGUUGAUUUCUUUCUAUAGACCCACCCCAACAAGGUACAAGAUUAUGAUUGAAAGCAAGGCCUUUCCUUCAGACCAUUAUGCUGUAGAAAGUCAAAUAGAAUUUCAUGGAUAUGACCCCAAAACAGCCAUGAUCGAGAUAGAACCACGGAAGGGAGAACUGCUUCUUCGAGCUGAGGACAUUAUGGCUAAAAUUGAGGAGGAGGGGGACUCCAUUGCAGUGAUAUGCCUGAGUGGCACCCAGUACUACACAGGGCAGGUGUUUGAUAUCCCCACAAUCACAGAGGCAGGCCACAAAAAGGGUUGCUACGUCGGCUGGGACCUGGCCCAUGCUGCUGGGAAUGUUGAACUGAAGCUCAAUGAAUGGGGAGUGGACUUCGCCUGUUGGUGUACUUACAAAUACCUGAACAGUGGAGCAGGAUGUAUGGCUGGCUUCUUCCUUCAUGAGAAACACAAGAACAAUAAUUUUCCUAAACUCAAAGGAUGGUGGGGACACAAGCUAGACACCAGAUUUAAAAUGGACAACAAAUGGUCUGCUGACACUGGUGCCCUACAGUACAGAAUCUCUAAUGCCCCUGGAUUCCUGGGACCCUCAAUAAAGGCCAGUCUAGAGAUUUUCAACAAGACCAGUAUGAAGGAAAUAAGGGCCAAAUCUUUACUUCUGACUAGUUACCUGGAGGCCCUUAUCCUAAACAAGUAUGGUCAGCGGAAUGAACAACAGGAAAAUGGAGAAGUCAAAGAGAAUGGUCAGAAUGGAGAAGUCAAAGAGAAAGUAAAAGAGAAUGGUCAGAAUGGAGAAAUCAAAGAGAAAGUAAAAGAGAAUGGUCAGAAUGGAGAAAUCAAAGAGAAAGUAAAAGAGAAUGGUCAGAAUGGAGAGGACUGGAAACAUGUCCAUGUGGACAUCCUCAGCCCCUCAGACCCGACCCAGAGGGGCGCCCAGCUCUCGCUGUCCUUCUCUGUUCCUAUCCUUCAUGUCUUUGAGGAACUCACCAAACGAGGAGUAGUGUGUGAUGAAAGGAAGCCCAAUGUUAUCCGUGUGGCUCCGGCACCACUCUACUGCUCCUUCCUAGAUGUGUACAGGGGAGUUAACUACCUGGACCAGUCGGUACAGUCCGCAGCAAAGAUCAGCUAAUCCAGGGACUGGGUGGGAGACAGAGAACAGCUAAUCCAGGGACUGGGCGGGAGACACAGAUCUGGAUUAAGGAUUUGCCUACAAAACACUUUCCAUAGUUCAUUCUAUUAUCUUAACCUUAGAUAGGAUAAAUCUCCUUAAAGGAGAAUGUUCUCUAUCCAUCUCAAAUCCUUAGUGACAUGCACAGUAUUUUUUUAUUUAAUGUUGUUUCUCUGGAGGAAAACAAGAUAUAUAUUUUUGUAUAUUGUUUCAGGUUACAGGUACAUAUUAUUUACAGUAUGCACUCUAUUUAUAUCACAUUGUUAUCAAUCUAGUAAUUUUUUUCCCACAUUAAUUUGAAAUAGUAAACCAAAAUCAACUAGUAUUUAAUUUGUUCUGCAGAUCCUAAUUAUUGAUUUACAGUGAUAUUUUUUUUUUCACAACUAUUGUACUUUAUAAUUCAUUCUGUCUGAAGUAGUAAAUUAAUCUGGACUAGUAAUUGUGGACAAAUGUUCUCAACUGAGAGAUUGUUUUCUAAUGAUCCUUUCAUAACUUUCUUACAAGAAUAAAAGUUUGGCUUGAAUAAAAACUGUGGAAUCAUUAGAAUUCUUGGUGCCUGUAUUGCAUAGGACUAUUGGGGGAACAUUGUUUCCACCAAACAUGCUUACCAAAUUACAAAACUGUAUGCAUGCCUGCAGUGGAGAAUCCACUUAUGAAAUUUGGCCCCCUUAAAAGGAAUAACUAAUUAGUUUAAAAUAGGGGAGGGGGAGCCACCAAUGUGUAUAUUUCAGAUAAUCAGAAGAUACAAUGUGUUUUCCAUAUGAGUCUAUUAUUAUAUUUCAUUUGUUUUGUCUCUGAUUGGGAAUGCUGGGUUCUCUCUUUUUUUACAAUGUUCAAUGAGAAAUGUGCUUGUAUGUGAGAUGAUGAUAAUGGUGUUCGUUGCUUCAUGUGAUAUUUCUAAUUAUAAGUGCUAUGUUUUAUUUUGUUUAUGUGUAGUGUUGUUUUUAUGUAUAUUUUUGAUUCUUCGUGGGAUAAUCAUUCGAAUUUUGUUAAGAGUUGUGUGAGAAAUUUCCUCUCUGAUUUCUUUAUUAUUUUGUUUUUAUUUUAUUGUUAGUUGAGUUUUAUUGUGUAAUACAAAUGAUGUCAUACUAAUAGAGCAAUAGAAUUUUUUUUUUACAAUUUAUAUUGUUAUAUUAUGUGUAUAUUAACUUUGUGUACAUGUACAAAAGCUCCACCAGUAAUAAAAGACACAAAAUGUAGGAGAA